CAGCAUUCCGCUAAAAUCAGACGUCCGAUUUCUUUCAACUUCCUUUUUACUUCCACACUCCUCGUGAUUAAACGAAAAGGUUGUUGAACUGCGAAAAUGGUCGCUCAGAAGAAAGCGAAAAAGACAGCAGACAACAUCAAUGCCCGUUUGGCACUGGUGAUGAAAUCUGGCAAAUAUGUUUUGGGCUAUAAGCAGACACUCAAGACCUUGAGAGCUGGAAAAGCUAAGCUUGUAAUUAUUGCCAACAACACUCCACCACUGAGGAAGUCAGAGAUUGAGUACUAUGCUAUGUUGGCCAAGACUGGUGUCCAUCACUAUGGUGGAAACAAUAUUGAGCUAGGUACAGCCUGCGGAAAGUAUUUCCGUUGCUGCACACUGUCAAUCACAGACCCAGGUGACUCUGAUAUCAUCCGCAGCAUGCCAACAGAGCAACAGCCAGCUGCAUCUUAGAUUGGAUUAAUAAAGUUGUCUGUUAAAAAAAAUUCUUAUGUUUCAUUAUG